AUGGAGUGAUCUUCAGAAACUCUCUGAGCAGCACAGUCCGGGGCUCUGGUGGCAGCUCUGGUUGUCCUGGGGUUAGUCAACACUCUCCAGGGACUGGAUAUUGUGACACACAGUAGAGUUCUCCAGCUGUGCCCUGUGAAGCUGCUGGUGAGUUGUGCUUCCCAGUCUUCCUCGAAGGCUAGGGGUACCUUGUCACCCCAAUCAGCACACGAGGCCUGUGGAUGACUGACCAGCCAUGCCUGUCCUGGUGCUGUCUCCCCAUCCUGUGCUAGAAGCCAGCCCUUCCAAACCUGUAGAGGGGCGUUCAGUGACCCUGACUUGCAAGAUCGACCUCCCUGCACAGAGGCAAUCUGUCCAAUUCUGCUUUUCCUGUAAUGACAACUUUCUUGGGUCAGGCUGCAGCCGCUCCCCAAAGCUUCAGAUCCCCGCUCUAUGGAGGAAAUGGCCAGAUUAUUACCAGUGCAUAGCAGUGACCACAAGUCUCACAACCAACAGGUGGAGCCUGCCAAUCAGGAUACCCGUGCAGAGAAUCCCUGUCUCUGAUGUGAGCUUGAAGACCCGGCCCCCUGGGGGAAGGGUGAUGGAGGGAAACAGGCUGGUCCUCAUCUGCUCCGUUGCUAACGCCACUGGAAACAUAACAUACCUCUGGUACAGAGGGGCCCGGGGUUCAAACCUGGGAACAAAGACACAGCAUUCACUAACAGCAGAGUUCGAGAUUGCCGAAGUGAACAGAAGUGACGCUCAGCAGUACUACUGCGCAGCUGACAACGGCUAUGGCCCUGUUCCCAGUGAGCUGGUGAGCAUUGACAUCAGAGUUCCAGUGUCUCGCCCCGUGCUCACGUUUGGGGGCGCCGGAGGCCGGGCUGCGCCGGGGGACCUGGUGGAGCUGCGCUGCGAGGCCCCGGGAGGCUCUCCCCCCAUCUUCUACCGCUUCUACCACGAGGCCGUGGCUCUGGGGAACGCUUCGGCCCCCUCCGGGGGAGGGGCAUCGCUCAACUUCUCCCUGCGCGCGGAGCACUCCGGAGCCUUCUCCUGCGAGGCCAGCAAUGGCCCGGGCGCCCAGCGCAGCGCCGCCGUGCCUCUCAACCUGACGGGUCUCUCCGCCGCCGCCGAGAACCGCCGCCGUCUUCCCCCGUCAGGGGUCACUGCGUGGCUGCUUGGCUGUCUUGGCCUCAUCACCGUGGCCCUAAUAGUUUGCUACUGGCUCAAGAGAAGACUAGGAAGACAACUGGAUGGUCCAGUCAGGAGCCCGCGUAGGCCUGCGAGCCAAGAAUCCAGCUACCUCAACUCGCCUGACACGGGGCAGCCCGUGUAUGAGAAUGUGAGCACUGUAAGGGAUAAUGAAGUUUACUCGCUGGUGUACUGUACGCAGCAGGAGCUGGACCCAGCAGCAGCUCAGCACAGGAGGACGCACAGGACAAGCGAGGUCUCCUUUGAGGGUUCUUCGAAGCCAAGGAACAUCAACAUUACAUAUGUGGACUAUGGAGACACUAUGUGAAGUUAUGUGACCAGCAAGGGGUCCCGGGAAUGCUCAGCACAGGGACAGCUGCCCGCGCCUCCCCAACAUGUGUCCCUUCAGGGAACUGUUCUUCAUCUACUGAGGAGCUGGGCAGGCCCGGCAGAACCACCCGAAAAGCAGCUGGGAGGAUUUGCUGGUGGCAUCUGGGUGGAGACCAUUCACGUUGGAGCAUGACAAGUGGCACACAGAUGGUUAUUUACAAGAUGAAAAUUGUGUGAUGCAAGCUUGGAGCAGAGGGACAGUGAGAUGUAGAGUGUACGAAGCCAAGCUCAGUGGCUUUACAGGUCUGUGGCGGAGACAGCUGUGCUGCUGUGCACAUAAUACCCAGUUUCCACCUGAAAUGCCUGGCUCGGCGUGCCUUCAGUCUCUGUAAGUUUAACAGGUGCAUAAAAAUUUGCUGUGGUUACACUUAAUUUUAGCAGUGUAUUUUGUGUAUAUAAGCUGGUCUAAAUCUUCUCAGGUUUAUAAUUUUAUAGGUUUGAAAGGCUUACCAAGUUCUGAACUUGGUGCAAUAUUUAUGCUAAGCUUUAUGAAUAUAGGAACACAGUGUUUAUUCUUGAGUCAUCAGACUUCUGAAAACAUGCUCAUUUUGCUUGGUCUGUUUUAAUUUUAAAUCAAUUAUAUGUU